UAUGUAUGUUGAGUUUAUAUAACUGGCCAGGAUGUCUUUAAAUUUUAAUAAUAAUGAGGAGUUGGAGCCUCUUAUACGGUCCAGCCACGGACCUGAUGGUCCACGUCGUUCCGUGUGGCUGGCCGUUGAACUGCCACUUUUUCUUUUGUUAUUCAGUUCAUCUCUCACAGAUACCGUAACAUACAACUUACUCCUAUACCGCACCUGCAUAGUCGAGCUAGAGUACAACUCAACAACAUGCGCUCUACUCAACAUCCUAAACAAGACCGGCGAAGCCAAAGACCUGGAGACUGAAGUCCAAUCCGAAGCGUCUAUUCUGGUGACUACUAUAUCAGUCUUUAGUAGCAUCAUGCCGGCUGUACUGGCUGUGUUUUUAGGGUCCUGGUCUGAUAAGUAUGGAAGGAAGCCGUUGGUGGUUUGGCCUCUUUUUGGACAGUUCUUAACUGCUGUAUUAACAGUUGUAUUCAGCGCAGUUCAAUAUUUAAGUGCAUAUUGGUUUAUUCUCUGCAUAAUGCCGUUUGCAAUGCUUGGUGGAUUCAGCACAAUCAUGUUGGGAGCUAAUCUGAUCACUACAGAUAUCACUAAUGAGGAGGAUAGAUCCUUCAGACUGGCACUUAUACAGGGAUGCGGCUUUGCCGGUGUUCUCACAGGAACCAUAGGUUCAAGCUACGUGUACGAUUUCAUUGGCUACGUUCCCUUGUUUACGUUAUCAGCGGCCAUUUAUUUCUUCACAUUGUUAUACACCAUCGUGUUGGUGGAAGAGACUUUGGUUAUAGCUGAAAGAGGAGGUCUUUGCAAAAUCUUCAAUUGUAACCUAAUCAAAGACAUGGCCCGUACAUGUUUUAAGAAGAGAUACCUCAGCAUCACGGCUAUAUUGACCCUCCUUAUUACCGCUUUUGCGAUCACUAUGUUCUGUAUAUUCGGGAUCAGUGCCGUGGACUAUUUAUUCACGAGACAGAAGUUCCAGUGGCUUCUCAAGGAGUAUUCCACAUUCUGUGCUGUUAACAUCAUUAUAGGUCUUGUCGGAAUGUAUAUUGGGAUGUCGUUUUUCCAAUCCUACUGCAAGAUGUCGGAUGGGAUGCUUCUCAUUUUGUCCUACGUGUCGUCCAUUUGCGAUGCGACUGUUAGGAGCUUAUCCCAAAAAUCCUGGCACUUGUAUCUCGCGGGAAUGAUGUCCAUACUUGGGAGUCUAUCACCCCCACUAAUCCGGUCCCAGAUCUCCAAAGUGCUGCCCAAAGGCGAAAUAGCCAAAAUGUAUUCUCUAGUCAGUUGCGUAGAAGCUGUCAUGCCGAUCUUUGCCCCUAUUCUGUUCAAUUGGGCGUAUUACUGCACCUUGGUAGUAUUUCCUGGGUUUAUUUACGUGAUAUCCGGAGGAUUAUUCACGGUGUGUCUUGUUCUUGUAAUAUUCGCCAAUAUUCUUUACUACAGGGUGGUGAAAAAUCGAAGUCAAAUCAACCCCUUCCUUGAAGAAGAUGUUUGUACUGAAAAUGAUCAAUGA